AAGCCAACAAAUUUAAAGAAAAAUUUGUUUAAAAAGAAUUUAAUCAAUAAUUUAAGUCUUAAAAAGUUUUACAAAGUGAAAAUUUUUAAUUAAAGUGUUAAAAGCUAAAAGUUGUUGGCAUUUUUUUAGAGUAUAUUUAAAUACACACCCUUUGUAAUUUUGUAAAUUUUUUCCAUUGUGUUGCACAUACAUAUAUUUUAUAUAAAUAUAUGUAUAUACAUGAGAAAGUACAUAUAUACAUACAUACAUAUAUAUUUUUAUGAGGUCAAAGGUAAAUGUUUGAUAUUGUGCGUGGUUAAGAAAAUGGCCUGAUUUUUCCUUUACAUUCUUCAACUAAUUAACUGAAAAUUAACAAAUAAAUAAGAUAUUUAUUAAACAAUUUAUUUGUUAUUAAAAAAAGGUUAAAACCCCACCCACUUAAACAUUACUGCUGUUGUUGGUUGCUUUUGUUAUUAAAAGGAAUUUAACGAGCCAUAAAGUUAAACAGCCAAAGUUAUUCGACUUAUAGCAAGAAUACUUUCACUUGUGUAAUGUAUUGCCAAAAAGGAAAAAACCCCGUUUGUUUCUUUGUAUGUGUGUGUGUGUUAAAUAUUGAACAGCUGGCCUAAACAUUAGCCUAGAAAAAGCCAAGAGAAAAAAGCACAUUACUUUUACUAAUAUUAUUUGGAAAUAAAUUUGAUAACUUGUUGGUAGAGAAAAGGCAAAAACAAAAAAAGUAAAAUUGGCAAAACAUGUUGGUCAUAUUAAUGUACUUGGCAAAAAUAGGGGCUAAAGUACAGGCAGAACAGGAGACACAUAUUUCAAACACAACUUAAGCUUGUCACACACAAACGAGCUAGAAAGGAAAUAUUUGAAAAACUUUGUUGUUGUUGUCCCCUUGACAAAGUUUGACUGACAUCCGUUUAACAAAUUAUUAAGAUACUUGUAAUCUACAACAAUAACAACAACAACUACCACAAUUGCAAAAACAACAUUAUCAUUAUCUAGCAGUGACAACAGCAACACCAAGAAAUUAACAUCAUUAUUGUUAAUAAUCAACGUUUGUUUAUAUCGGCAACCAACCAUAUUGUUAACGACAUCAUUGACAAUUUGCCACAUUAAUAUGUGAGAAGACGAAACCCGCUUUACAAAACCCCCCUGCCCCCCGCAUCUAUAAAAUGGUGCCAAUGACAUAUAGACCUACAAACAAGCCGCCAUUGUUGUUGCCUUUAAGUUGAAGGAAAAACGUAAGGAAAAAAAACAAAGAAAAGGAAUGUUGAAAAAUUCUAUAAUCAUGCCACAAAACUAAUUAAUGUUUAAAACAAACACAUUUACAUAAAGCUUAACUGUAAAAUACACACUCUCUCACACAUAAAGACAUUUACAUAAACUCAUAUAAACCGUUACACACAUGCUAAUCCUUAUAAAAAAAGAGAGUUAUUUAAAGCUGCAGAGAGAAAGAGCGAGUAUGAGUAAAAACAUGUAUUAUUCAAUGUAAAUAGAGCGGAGUACGUGUAGAACAAAGCAUACGGAGUAAAGGAAAGGGAAUUCGUACUAACAGGAUGUGUAACGGUAAGAGUUAGCAACAUUUAUGUCAACGUAAGAAAAUACAAUAUAAAACCAACAAGCAACAACAACAAUAUUAACAAGUACAACAUUUUAAAGAAAGAAAAAAAUAAUAAACCGCAAAACCAUAAACAAACAAAAUUAAAAAAUUCGUAAGAAUUUCUUACAACCUGAUUGUUACAAAACUUGAACCCACUAGAAAAACGUGGUUUUUGGCCAAAAAUAAUUUAAAUCGAAAAAAUAUGUAACUAAACCUUAAAUAUUAAAAAACGUGCAAGAUUAAAGCUUAAAUCGAAAUGGUUGUUUUAUAAUCUUAAAAAAUUAAGAAGAAAAAAUAAAAGAAAUUACGGUUAAAUUAGUUUUUCCAAACGUGCUUGUUAAAAGCAAAACAUGAAUGAAUAAAAAAACGUAACUUACAAAAAAUGCGGUAUUAACGGUAAACGGCAUAAUGAACUUGUGUAUUAAAGGGCGUGUCAAAUUAGCGCGAUUUUAAAACGAAAAAAAAUCGGGAAGAAAAAAAAAGAAAAAAAAAAAAAAAAAAACGCGAAACGUACGAAUAACAAAAUACUAUGUCUGUUGAAUAUCUACAAACAGUAGCAGCAACAACAGAUGUAACUAACAACAACAGCAGCAGCAAACAUAAUUGUGAAAAUCAUAAGGAAACGGAAAACCAACAACACGAAGUUGUGGAAAACUCAACAAAAACAAACUGCACAGAAAACGAAUCAGCAGCCAGGGAAGCAAAUAUAUGACGUACAAUAAAACAACAACAAGAAACACAAACAAAGUAUAUACAGCAGCAGCAACAACAAAAGCAACAAACACAUCAACAUUAUCAGCAUCAACAUCACCAAGACUAUAAAUUUAAACAAACUUCUAAAAAUUUAAUCACAAAAAAUCUAACAAAAACAUUUCCAACAUUUGAAACGACAUCAGCAACUUCCCUGGUUUGUUCACGUCAUGUUUCUACAUGUCCACAACAUACUAAGCAUCAGCAGCAGCAACAGCAAAAACAACAUUAUCAAAAACAGCAGCAACAACAGCACCAUCAUCUAUAUCACUCCAAACAGCAACAGCAAAAACAACGAAUUCAAUACUUUACGCCAGUCCAACCUGAAGAACCCCUCUAUGUAAAUAUGGUUUUAAGCACCGAAUGGUCUCAGGUAGAAGUUAUCGAUUUGAUUAACGAUGGCAACGGUUUGGGUUUUAUUUUGGUGGGCGGCCGUAGUACCGGUGUGGUUAUUAAGGCCCUAACGCCCGGCGGUGUGGCGGAGCGUGAUGGUCGCUUGCAAUGCGGCGAUCAUGUACUUCAAAUUGGUGAGGUGAAUUUGCGUGGUUUUAGUUCCGAACAGGUGGCCACGGUUCUUCGUCAGACUGGAGCUCAGGUUCGUUUGAUUGUAGCAAGACCGGUGGAGUCAACAGCCACCGAUUUCCAACAUCAAUUAGCUAGUCAUGCACCAAUUAUUCCAACUAAGCUCCUCUCCGACCCAGAAGAAUUGACGCGGCAUCUAUUUCAUCAAAGUAAUGCGGAAGAGGUAACGGCGGCGACUGGUGUUUGUGGCAGUGUCAGUAUCAGUGGUAUUGGUGGUGGCGGUGGCAGUGGAUUAUCUGCCAAUUUCUGUUCCUCCUCCUCUCUAGGCCAUAAAGAGUCGUCUAGUCAUGAUUCUUUACAGCAACAACCUCUUACAUUGAAUCUUAAUUUUCCUCCUACACCCGAUACAGAAUUGGCAGAUUUACCACUGCCUCCAAUACCCAAAGAAUUGACCACAUCGGCGGCUACCCAACGCAACUAUCCCAAAGAUUUGGACAUUGUACCAUUUUCCAUAGUAUCACCGCCUUUGCCUCAGCCUCCCACAUCGGCAGCCACAACAAUGAAAACUAGCGUUAGUACACCCCAUCAAAUGGACCAUAUAGAGACUGUGAUAGCUGGUAUAACUACUACUCAAACUACUGGCACCUUAUCGAACGAUGAUAACGACGAGGACUGUUGUUCGAUUACCUCCUCCAAUUACUUGGAUUCACCCGAAACAGAAACAUACGAAGUUAAACUAAGAAAAAAUGUCUAUGGCCUAGGCAUAACGGUGGCGGGUUAUGUGUGUGAAGAGGAAGAUCUGUCGGGCAUAUUUGUAAAGAGUAUCAUAGAGGGUAGUGCCGCCGAAAUGAGUGGCCAGAUACAAAUCAAUGAUCGCAUCGUUAAGGUGGAUGGCAAGACUUUAAGCGGUGUAACCAAUCAUCAGGCCGUGGAGAUACUACGUAAUACGGAUAUUGAAGUGCACCUUACACUGGAACGUUUCCUAAGAGGGCGCAAGUUUGAGCACUUGCAAGUAGCCUUAACGGAAUUGAAAAUAGCUGUGGAUUCACAGUCACAGGUUUCACUACCGCCCUCACCUUCAAUAGCUACUCUAUCAUGGCUGCCACCCAGGUCUGAUGGCGACUCAAUAGCCACUGAUGGUGGUGCUGUUAUAAUGGAAUUUGGUGAUUUACCCUCAAGAGAAACGGUGGAUUCGCAAAUGUCUCAUGUGCUGGAUAAAAGUGAUCACAGUAGUGUGCCGCCAGUAGAAACUUCCAAAUCACCAACAACCACUCCUGAAGCCAAACCUGUUACGUUGGCUAAUGGCACGACUUGUCAUGCAAAAGACAUCGUAAAAACGCCAGAGAUUAAAGAGAAACCUGUUAAUGGUUCGCUGGGUUCGCGAACACCCACCAUAGAUAACUUUACCGACUUGUUGGGCAAACAGUAUACUGAGCUGAUACCCGUGGGACCACUGAAAUUAAGCACUGACCUGUUGGCGAAUUCGGUUUCUCAAACAAGUGCAUCGAAUGCCGAACAAACGUGUCCAAGUGUGGAGGCUUUAAAGGUCGCCUGGAAAAGUGAGUUUCCCGACAGUGAAAUUAUAGUAGCCGAAAUAAAUAAACUUUCAGGUCUAGGAAUCAGCCUAGAAGGCACCGUGGAUGUAGAGCGUGGCAUUGAGAAGCGACCCCAUCAUUAUAUACGCUCGAUACUGGAAGACGGACCGGUGGGACGUCAGGGCAUUUUGAAACCCGGCGAUGAGCUGCUGCAGGUCAACGAAUACAAACUUCAGGGUCUCCGGCACACCGAAGUGGUUAAAAUUCUCAAAGAACUGCCUUCACAUGUCAAAUUGGUAUGUGUACGCGGUGCUACGGCGCCGUCUAUUAUAAAUACUUCCCAAAAUCCCGAGGCCUUUGAAACGAGAAGUCUUCUGCCCGGCGGUCAUCAAAGUUUACAAAACUUGAUGACCAAAGCCCAGUCGGAAAGUUCUUUGUAUACCUCUAGCACUGCCACUCUAACGGAUCAACAACGUUCGAAGUCAUUGGAAAAUGUAUCUGGCCUGGCUCUUUGGAGUUCCGAUGUAACCAUUGUCGAAAUUGAAAAGACCGAACAGGGUUUUGGUUUCUCGAUACUAGACUAUCAAGAUCCCUUAGAUCCCGAGGGCAGUGUUAUAGUAAUACGAGGUCUAAUACGGGGAGGUUCGGCCGAGACCACCAACGAAAUAUUUCCCGGCGAUCGUUUGGUUAGCGUUGGAGAACAUUCACUACAGGGCCUGGAUCUCGACGAGGCAGUAGCCAUAUUAAAAGGUAUGCCUCUGGGCCUCACCAAGUUGGGUAUCUGUCGACCACUCUCAACAUCCGAUAGCAAUAUAGCAUCACCCAUAGGUGAGGGAGACUCACCGAGCACAUAGUUUUCAAUGGAUUUUUGUUGUAAGUAUUACGUACAUAUAUGUAUGUGUUCAUACAUAUGUAUAUUUGUUAAGUAGUCAGUCAUUUAUGUACUCGUGUUCUUGUAUUAAUUUCCGUAAAUCAUGUUGAAAGUUUAAUUUAUGACCAAAAUAAUACCUAUAAAAGCAUUCGUUACCUUUUUAAAUCUUCGUCAGGUUUGAAGCAUUUACGUACGUAUGUUUUAUUAUUAUUUUUAGUUAGUUCUUUUUUGCGAUUUUAUAUGACUCCUAGAGGGAUUUGAA